AUGGACGAUUUCACAUGGGGAGAGACGCGGAAGAUCGACGGCGCGAAAGAGAAAGCACACGGCGACAAGGAGGGCGAAUUCGACUCAUCGCACAUUACGAUGAAACGCUGGGUUGAAUUUGAACGCGAACGUCGGUGGAAGUCGGAGCAAUCAGGCACUCUCAACGAAACUGGCUUCCGUAACGGCCCCGCUCUUGCCCCGCCUUCGGGCCGAUACAGUCUCAAUAGCAGUGUGGACAACUGGAGUAGUGCAACAGUCAGCGAUCCCUACGGUACUCGACUUCCCUCUAUCCAGCAACUGUCGCUACCUCAGCCCCUGGCUCGAGAAGAGUCGAGAGUCUCGAUGGGCGGUUAUUACAUGAGUCACCCGCGGAAUACAAUGCCCCCACGGCAAACCAGCCACGACAGUUAUACGGGACGGAUGACGGACUUCGAGGCGAGUCGGGAGCCGAUCCUGCCCGCAUUCAAAGCAGCCACGAACGAGUCAACUGGCCACAGUCCGUUCGAGGACGAGGAGCGGGUGUCGCCCAACCACGAGUUCGCGCACCUGUUCCAGAGCACCCAUCCGGACGACGACCAGCAGUCCUCGUCUCAUUCCACCGUCUUGGGUGGCAGCGGUGGGGCCAAUGGGCUCGAGCUCAAAGCCGGCUUCGCCAGGGGCGUCACCCUCUCCGACACCGGCGCCGUCCCCGACUCGAUGGGCGCUAUGCGUAGAGUCGACCGCCCUACUCACGCUAACCUCCCCCCCUUACAACCCUCCUCAAAUCUCCCCCACCACCACCACCAGCAGACUGGCAGUGCCAACCCGUUCAAAACUUCGCCGAGCCCCGACGACGACUUGCCUUCUCCACCCGGGUUCACCACCUACAGGAGGCAAUAA